UUCCUUCCCCAGUCCUAAACCUUGUCGCUCCGGAUCAGCAGUCGAGCCCCGACGGGAGCAGAGAGUGAGCCCGCCCGCCCGCUCUGCUCCGGGUCCUCGCUGCCGGUGGCGGUAGCAAACGCACCCAGACUGAGCAGCAGAGCAGACAGACGGAGUCAAGUCCGCUUGUAGCUCCCACUGCAAGCUGCGUCGGAGGGUCUGGGACUGGGCUGAAGGAGACACAAGAGCAGAAGUGAACAGAUCGGCGAAUUCAAGAAGAGAAGGAAGGAAGGAAGAAAGAAAAAGAAAUCAAAAGAAGAAAAAAGUUGAGAAGUGAGCUGAGAGGAAAAAGCGACUGGAUCCAAACGCAACAUAUUUAUUGUUGGUGGGAAAAUCGCUGCACGGCUCGGGUUUUAAAGAACAUCCUGUCAAAGGCCGGCGGCUCAGCAGAGGAGAGCGGGCCCAGAGAGGAGUUCAGGUCCUGGGGAUGAGAGGUCUCUGCCCCCUCCCUGUCUCUCCCAGACCUCCCGAAGGAGAACACUGGGCAACACUCUGAGAGUGUGUGGUGUGUGUGACGCCAUCAGGGCGCCAUGGCUCUGGUUCAGGCCCUGCCUGUGUCCGUGACUGACCACCCCAAUCCCAGUCUCGACGUCCAGCAGUGCCGGCCGCUCUCGUCCCACUCUCCCUCGGGCCCCUGCUCUGCCCCCUGUGGGUCCUGUGGCUCUGGGACCGCCAUGGGUUCCGUCAGCAGUCUCAUAUCAGGCCGGACGUACCAGGAGAGACACUGCAGGGCCGCCAGCGAGCUCGCCACCAAGCCCCGCCGCUCAACGCCGGCCACCAGCUGCUUCCGGCUCCAGGAUAACACUCUCCGCAGCGGGAGCUCCCUGGAGCAGCUGCUGGUUAUCAGCAACCAGACGCAGCCACAGGCCCAGGUUCUGCCUCCCCCGCUGCCCACCAAGAAGCAGCCCCGUCCGGGUAACUCCGCCGGGGCAGUCGGGGGAGCUGUUGGAGCUGUUGCCGGCGCCGCAGGUGGUGGAACCAAUGGGAACUUUGGGUAUGUGAGCGAUGAGGUGGUGGUGGGAGACUGGAACGACAACCUGGUGCUGGUGGCUGGGAGCCCCUGCAGCGACUCGGAGGACCAGAGGGACAACAGAACGCUGAAUGGGAACAUUGGAGGACCUCCUCCCAAACUCAUCCCAGUGUCUGGACAGCUGGAGAAGAACAUGGAGAAAGUACUCAUCCGUCCUACAGCGUUCAAACCCGUGGUCCCCAAAAAUCGUCACUCUGUGCAGUACCUAUCUCCACGGCCAGGGGGCAGCAGUCUUUCAGAGAGCCAGGGCAGCCUCAACCUCCUACUGCCCUUUGGAGGAUCCAACAGCACCAACAACACCAACGCCAACGGAGGGAGCAGCUCUGGCUCUGAAGGGAAGCGUAACUCCUACAGUGGCGGCCGCAACGCCCGAAACAGCCAGUCCUGCUCCAUGUCAGAUUCGGGGCGUAACUCCCUCUCCAGCCUCCCCACCCACAGCAGCACGGGCUACAGCCUGGCCCCCAGUGAGGGCUCCAGCUCCGGGUCUGGCUCGGGGACUCUUGGGGGUCAGCUGGAGCCUGGGCCAGGCCUGGGCCGAAACACUUCAGGUGCUAGUGGGAUCCACGGUCACACUAACUCAGACAGUGGACGUUCCUCAUCCAGCAAGAGCACAGGCUCCGGGUCACUGAGCGGGCGCGGGCAGCCCCUGUCAGACAGCGGGUCCUGUGGCCAUUCACCACCACCUGUGGAGGGUUACGAGGCAGUGGUGCGGGAACUCGAGGAGAAGCUGAGGGAAAGAGACCUGGAGCUGCAGCAGCUCCGGGAGAAUCUGGACGAGAAUGAAGCUGCCAUCUGCCAGGUUUAUGAGGAGAAGCAGCGUCGCUGUGAGAGGGAGAUGGAGGAGCUGAGGCAGAGCUGUUCUGCAAAAAUGAAGCAGGCCUCUCAAAAGGCUCAAAGGGCCCAGCAGGUGCUGCAGUUACAGGUAUUUCAGCUACAGCAGGAGAAGAAGAAGCUGCAGGAGGACUUCUCCUCUUUGCUGCAGGACAGGGAGACCUUGGAGAGGAGGUGUGCCACCAUCCAGAGGGAGCAGACCCAGCUGGGGCCACGCCUGGAGGAGACUAAGUGGGAGGUGUGUCAGAAGUCAGGAGAGAUCUCCCUAUUGAAGCAGCAGCUGAAGGAGAUCCAGUCAGAGCUCAGCCAGAAGGCAGGGGAAAUCGUGGUGCUGAAGGCCCAGCUCAGAGAGGCCCGCUCCGAGCUGCAAGCCAGCCAGGCUCGCUCCCAGGAAGCCCAGACUGCCCUGCGGACCCGAUCUCUGGAGCUGGAAGUCUGCGAGAACGAGCUCCAGAGACGCAAGAGCGAAGCCGAGCUGCUGCGAGAGAAAGUGAGCCGCUUGGAGGACGAGUCAGUCCGCCUGCGUGACACUCUGGCCGGUCACAGCGGACCCUCCAUGCCUGGGAAUCAGUGCCUGGCCAGCAAAAGCCAGUGUAUGGGCAUGUCCUUCCAGCAGGGGCGAGGCAUGGCAGGAAGGGGUGGUCCCAGUCCCUCGGUGUACCGUGACGGGGACGACAGUCGUCUGGCCUGGGGAGGGGAGAGUGAUGAGGCCAAGGCACAGAGGCAGAAUGCAGAGACAGUGCUGGGACUCAGGCAACAGGUGGAAAGGCUGAAGGCUGAGCUCAUGUACGAGAGGAGGACAAGCGAGGAGCAGCUGUCAGGGUUUGAGGAUGAGAGGAGGGUGUGGCAAGAGGAGAAGGAAAAGGUAAUCCGCUACCAGAAGCAGCUGCAGCAGAACUACAUCCAGAUGUACCGUCGGAACCGGGACCUGGAGCGGGUGAUGAGGGAGCUGAGUCUGGAGCUGGAGAGCAGGGAUGUGGAGGACUACGACAUCCACAGCGGCAGCAACGACAUCCACUUUGAGGAAAUCGCCGCCACUGAGAUCUGAAAACACACACGCACACACACAAACACACCUGUACACGCACUGAAACAUGCACACACGUACUCCCAAGUACACUACCAGCACUCACAAAGGACUCUAUUGCCACAAAAGAUGUAAACCAAACAUUGAACUCCAGGCCAAAUACUGCACUGUCCUCGACAUGGCUUUACCUGGACCACUGAUCAAGUCACCAUCCGAGGACUGCACACUGUCAAAAGGGAAGAUCUCCCAAAGGUGCAUUCUCAUGUACUGUAUUGAAUACUGUCCCCUUUGGCAGCCUUCGUGGGUCUGAUUAUCCAACUACAGUGCCAGCACAAAAACUCAUUUUCUUCAGUGGGACUUUGAGAUUCCAGAGGAAAGCAUGUGUUUUCUCAAACCACACUCAAAUCAGGGUAUGCAAACCAACGGGAACUUCAAGCAAAAAUUAUGAUGAGAAGAUGCACAGUUAUCUGGUUUUUAACGUGGCUGCACGUCUCGAGGUAGCACACAAGGUUGAACACCCGGCCACCAGCACAUCAUGAUGGCAUCUUUACAACGGCUUCAUCGCCACCACUGCUGGCCUCUAAUGAUGACCUCAUCACCCUCGGUAGUGUGCUUAUGGUAGGAAUGAUGACGACACUGCACUCCAUCUCCACCUGAGCGGUAAAGGGAAAACACCAAAUAUACAACAUCUGCUGUUUGUAUUCAUUUGGUGUUCAUCGGACUGAUAUAGUUCAAAGGACACUUUUUUGGCUUGUUUUGGAAGUCUUUCCUCAGCAAUGAGCAUUUGAAAAGAAAUGUAUUGUGACGGUUGUCACUCCAGAGAAAUGCAGUAUGGCGGUCACCACCGGCAUCUUAAGAAUCUGUUCGCCACGGGGAAACCUGGUGUUGUUUUGCACACAUAUCUUGCUACUUUCUGUUAGGGACACAACAGUUUUCCUUACGAAGUGGAUCAUCAAACCUCGAGCGAAGCCAGUUUUGACAACGGCUCUUGGUUUGCUUACAUGUGGACAUUCUCCUCUGUCAUUUUCCCAAACCACCACGCAGACAGAAACCAAACGUUCAAAGGAAAUGCUUUAUUUGAACGCUGCUUGACCUAUCUAGACCACCAACAGUCACACGCUGUUGCGCUCUGUCAGUGUGUCAACUCAUUCAAAAACUCUCAAUGCCGUGAGCUCUUUUUUAUAUAAACAUUUACAUUUUACAAACAUGUAGCACCAGGAAGCAUACCGUAGCAUGGGAGAUAGCACCACGACACUGAUAAUUUCCGUUCUCUGUUUUUCUCUGUCUUUCUCUCUUUGUCUUUCUCUCUUUCUGUCUCUUCGUCUCCUUCAAUUUACACAACGCAAUUUUGAUAAGCAGUUGAAAGCAUCUCAGUGGUUAGGUGACCAUUAUAGUUAUCAAUGUUGCAAAGGCAACUGAGAAUGGAGCAUAUCCUUUGGUUUGGUCAUGUGAUAUCACUGAGAGAUUUCAGCUGGUGGUGUUUGAACUGUAGGCAUGCUUAUUCAGAGUUUCCAUUUGCUUCCUAUCCACUUUCCUUCCUCCCAUUAGCACUACUUAGUUCGCUUUAGCUGGCUCAAAGCCAAAUAAUAUUUUCCAAGUCUUCCUAGUCUCCCAUAGUCUGUAAUCCUCACCGACUGAUAUACAGGUAGUGAGAGCGGCAUGCCUGCAUGUCUUUGUUAUUUUGGAUUCUAGGAGAGGCUGGUUCAGAUGAUGCCGGGGGUUUGUUGUAAGAUGAGAAAUGACACAUACAGUAGAAGUAGCUCUCAUACUUUACGCCUUCAAGGCAGGCAAGCUAUUAAAGCACUCCAGCAGACUAAAUCUAAACAAGUGGGAAGCAUGUUAACAUUUGAAGCUGAUGACUGUUCUGUUUUCUAGCUGGAAAUUUGCAGAUUAUGCAGGGCCGUGUGUAACAUUGAGCAUGGCGCGUCUAUAUGAAAAAAAAAAAAAAAAAGAGUGGGAUGAAAACUAUUGUGUUUUAUUUUACAGAGUCUAUAUCAAUGAAUAAUAGAUAAAUGGAAAUCUAUAUAAUGAAGAUGAUGUUGUAUAUUUUUUUAUAUAUAGCACCUGAAGAUAUUUUGUUGUAGUACUGGUAUCAGUGUGGGUUUAAUAUACAAAGUAUAAAGACUUAUAUAUAGCUAUCACAUGCAAAUGUUUCAAAUGACUGACAAUUUUAAAUGGAGGGGGACAGCGUAGAAAAAGCUCACCUAAUACUGUAAUGCAUGAACAUUUGUUUACAUUAUAUAGUCUGUGUGACACAAAAGUACACUCUCUGAUGACCAACCUUGUGUGGCUGAUAAAACUGUUGGGAGCUCUUAUUUUUGAGCUGUUUCGAAGUAAUCUGUUGUCUCUCCAUUUUGAAUGAUCUCUCAUUUGACUGUCAAUAAUAUCACAUCACCCCAUACUGUCAUCACUGGGUUGCAUAUCGUCAGUUUAUCAUUGCAUGAAACGUUUUGAAGGGCAAGUGUAGGCCAGAGCCGAUCCAAAUAAAGGCAUUGUUUACUUGGAAAUUCAGCUGAAUAAUGUCAAAAGUAAUUCAUCAAACCUCUUUUUGCCAAAACACAAAAUUGUUUCCCAAACUGAUGUUAAACUUUUAAGUAUUAGACUUGUAUUUUAUAUGGCAUGACUGCAUUCACUGUGGUUUCAGAGACUUAGCAGAUGACUUGAAUUCUGCACUGUGCAUAUUUGUUAAAAUUUGUUAUAAACCUGAUGAAGAUGUUUUUGAACGGAACAAGUUGGCCAGUCACGUUCACUUGCGGGAAAUAUUAACCAACCCCAGACUGUUAUUUAAUCACCACCGAUACAGCACAGGUACAGAUUACCAACAAGCACAGAUGUUACAAACCAAACUGACCCGCCCUCACAAAAUAUCUCACUGCUCUUCAUCAUCACAUAACCGUGUCGUGUAAAUAUCUAAAACACUAAAUGGUAUAACAGAGUGACAUUGUCUUUUAUUCAGACAAAAUAUCUAUUUCAGAUGUAGCCACUGUGACUAGACCAAAGCGACGUAACACGUUUUUUUUUUUUUUUGUGAUGUUUUUUUUCUCUCUUCCUUUUUUGUGUGCAUAUUUUUAUGUUCCCUUCUGUUGUGUCCUCAUUAAUUCAUAGAGUAUGUAGUUGUUCAUGUAUAUUUUUAUGUGUAAAUUUCUUGUACAAAUGACUGUGGUUUUUAAUUAAAAGAACAAAUUGUCACAUCUUAAA